AUGGAAGUAGUUCCAAUGUGCCCCAUGAAGGGAGGAUCGGGAGACACAAGUUAUGCCAAGAAUUCAGUGCUUCAGAGAGAAGUGAUUAACAGGAUGAAGCCAGUGAUAGAGGAAGCCAUAACAAAUCUCUGCAACACCAUUCGUCCAACAACACUGGCCAUAGCUGAUUUGGGAUGUUCAUCUGGACCCAAUACACUAUACUUAGUCUCUCAGAUCAUUCAAGUGGUUGAGAGAAUUUCAGAACAUGAAUCAACUGCAUAUCAAGUGUUCUUGAAUGAUCUUCCUACCAAUGACUUCAACACUAUUUUCAAGUCCUUGCCUAGCUUUCAACAACAGAUGAAGAAGCUAAUGGGUGCUGGACCAUGCCUUGUUAAUGGAGUUCCUGGCUCUUUCUAUGGCAGGCUUUUUCCUAAAAAUAGUGUGCAUUUUGUCCAUUCUUCUGCUAGCAUCCACUGGCUCUCUCAGGUUCCAUAUGGGCUUGAGAGUAACAAAGGGAACAUAUGCAUGGCGAGUAGCAGUCCAACAAGUGUGUACAAAGCUUACUACCAUCAGUUUCAAAAGGAUUUUAAUUCAUUUUUGAAGUGUCGUUCAGAGGAACUGGUCGCCGGAGGGCGUAUGGCUUUGACAUUCAUGGGAAGAACUAGUGACGAUCCUUGUAAACAUGAAAGUAGCUACAUUUUGGAGCUCCUUGCUCUUGCUCUCAAGCAAUUGGUCUCUGAGAGAUUGAUAGCAGAGGAGAAAGUCCAGUCAUUCAACUUUCCACAAUAUUCACCAUCCCCUACAGAGGUGAAAUUGGAGGUUGAAAGAGAAGGGUCAUUCGGGAUCGAUCGUCUAGAGCUCACUGAAAUUGAUUGGAAUAAUGCUAGUAAAAAGGAAUCCGACCAAGAAGAAGAAGAUGAUGAUGCAGUGGAAAACAGUGGAUAUAGCAUGGCAAAGUGCAUGAGAGCUGGUAUUGAACCAUUUCUUGUGGGUCACUUUGGUGAAGAGAUCAUGGACAAGUUGUUUAGCCGCUAUACGGAGAUUGUUACUGCUCGCAUGUCCAAGGAGAAGACCGCGUUUGUCUUUCUUAUUCUUUCCCUUACUAAGAAGGAAUAA